AUGGUCUCAAGUGCCUUAUCAUUGUGCACUGCACUGCUUUUGGCUGCUUUUUCUGCUGUAUCGAAGGCGCAAGUAUCUUAUGUUGUUUCUAGUUAUACUGAACCAUUUCCUACUUAUUGGAAUCCGACUACUACUGAAGGUGAGGGUCCUAUUGUAACAGUGGACAGAAUAAUUUUUAAUAAUCCGUAUAAUGCAUCUAAUGAUGCUAAGUGUUUGUUGACACCAGAGCAACAGGCUGCUGUUCUUCUCGAACAUAAUUUGUACAGAUCUAUGUUUGUUGACACUCCUAAUUUGACCUGGUCUGAUGCUUUAGCCAAACGGGCUGCGUGA